AUGCAACUUCUUCUUUUACUAUUGAGCCUGGUGGCCACGUCCUCAGCCCUUCUGGGAUUCGGACAAACCCAAUCUGUGGCCGUUAAAGGGCGGCUUCUUUGUGAAGGGAAACCGGCCAGUGAUAUCAAGGUGAAGCUAUACGAAAAAGAACUCACCUUCGACGUGAAGAUGGACCAAGGCACAACAAAUUCGAACGGCGAAUUCCGACUAGCCGGAUCGAAAAGAGAAAUCUCCACUAUCGACCCGAAAGUGAACGUUUAUCACAAAUGCAAUUACCGUGGAAUAUGCUACCGUAAAUUUGGCAUCACCAUUCCCGACAAUUACAUAACCAAGGGAGCAAAUCCACAAAAAACGUUCGAUAUUGGAACAAUUAAUCUUGCCAACCGUUUCAGUGGUGAAACUACUGACUGCUUGAACUGA